AUGAGUAAGGCAGAAAAAUACACUGUCCAAAAUGCACGACUAAAUAGUCUCCUAGAUGCACUAGAAAAAUAUGUUAAUCAAAGAAAUUUGAAGUCACGUGAUCAUCUACGGUCCAAUGAAAUUAGACAUGAUUUUUCCAAAAAGAGUACAGUUUGUUCCGAUGAUGAAGAGGAUGCAGAGAGACAGACAGUUCUCAUAGAUGGUAAAGAUGGAAAGCCAACAGAUCUGUGUAUCGAUAAAACCCAGAAGGACGAUGACAACAAAGACAAACCUCCACCACAAAUUGGGAUUAAAACGGGACAAGGAACAAGAAAAAGAAAUUUUGGAAUCUCGUCCACACCACUAUGGACUAAUGGUAUAAUUCCGUAUGAAAUCGAUUCCAACUCAUUUGGUUCCAGUCUAUCUCUAGCCUCUGAUCUUAUUCAAAACACCGCAAACAAUAUUUCGCAAACCACUUGUGUGAAAUGGAGGAUUAAAACAGCAGACGAUCAAUAUUACGUAAAAUUUCAGGGAAGUGCAAAUGGAUGCUGGUCGUACGUUGGAAACAUCAAGCAGACAGGUGGACAACCAGUUAACCUUGGAUCGGGUUGUUUAGAUGUGAGUAUUUAUUGUAUGAAAUACGGAGAUAACGAACAGUAG